UUCCCCUCCAUUCCCUUCCUUCCUCCUCAUCCAGCACAGGGAGCUCCACUCAAAGCUUGAGCUUUAUUUUUUCUUGUUUUGUUUUAUUUUCUUGGUAGGAGUAACAAUAGUUCCUGGCUGCCUGCCUUCCUCCCUAUCCUAGGAGCAGGAGGAGAGAAAUCCAGAGGCAAAAGCUUCAGGGUUUGUAUAAAUUCUAGAUCUAAUCGACUAACCAGAAAAAAAACAAAAAGAAAGCGAGAAAGCAUGAGUCACUUCGCCGCCACCAUGAAGAGCCCCGUAGCCGUCGCGGCGCCGGUCGCCGCCGCUGCCGGCGACGCCAAGAGCCCUCUCUUCUGCCCCAAGCCGCGGCGCCCCGUGGCGCCUCUCCGGUGCCACCAGAGCGGCGGGUUCUCCGACGCCGGCAUGGAUCUGCUCGACCUCCUCCUCUCAAAGGGAGAGGAGAGCGGUCUGUCGGCGGCGUCCCCGCAGCCGCCGCUGUUCUGCGGCUCGCCACCGCGGCGAGCGUCGAAUCCGGUGGUCCACGACAGCCGGUUCGGCAUGGACUGCCCGGCCAUGCCCAUGCCCAUGCCCAUGCCGGGACUGCCGGUGGUGGCCGCCGCCGCCCCAGUGGCCGUCCAGCGGCCGACCCCGCGCCCGUCAGUGGCGGCGGCGCCGUCCAUGUCGCCGCGCGGCGGGGCCGGCGGGUGCGCCCGCGCCCGGUUCGCGUUCCAGCCCGCCGCGGUCCGCGUCGAGGGUUUUGACUGCCUCGACCGCAGUCGCGGUGGCCGCGGCCAUGGCAUCACCGCCAUGGCCUAGAUGCACAUACAACACCCCAAGUAACCCUGAGACCCCUCCUUCCCCCCUCUAUCCAUGGCGCAAAAAAAAAAGCCAUCCUUGGCUUGGUUGGAGGAGAGGGGAAGGGGAAAAUUGAGAGGAUCAAUUCGUCCUAAAUUUUAACCCCCCCCUAAAAACUACUACUUUAUAUAAAUCCGUCCCAUCCAUCCAUCUUCCACCAAACCAACCAAUCCAUCCCACAAUCAUAAUGAGUUUAGGUAAUUUUACCACAGAUCUUUUUUGUAUGUAAAUAAAGUUUCAGGUUCAGGCUCGUCAUCAUGUAAAUUCGGGAGCACUACUACUAGCUGGGGAAGGGAAUGAAAUUGGGUAGAAAUUAGAGGGAGGAGCAGGGACAACAAAGAAGAAGAAUGCCCCUCUUGGAUCAAUCAAGAUUUCCUCAUCUGUCCCUGCCUCUUGUCUCUGGGAGGAGGAUUGGUUUAGUGAUUGGAUUAGGUGGGAGGGAGGUUGGGAUUAGUUAGGUAAUCUGUCGUAGUUUCAUCAAUCAAUGAUGCUUUUUCUUUUUGGUUUUUGAUGAUGAUGGAAAUUGUUUUUUGUCCGUCCGUCCGUCCAUGCAACCAAGAAAUUUCUUUGUCCCAAGGCCAUGGAGAAUCUGUACAAAAGAGUGGCUACCUACAAGAGGAGAGAGUUGAGUUUGUCUGAGAGCAGAAGCAGAAGCUAGGUUUAAGUCAGUCGGUCAGCCAGUCAGUGGAUGAGCUGAGAGAGACAUUCAUUCACAUGCUGAGACUGAGAGGGUUAUUAUUUGUGAUAUUUUUCUCUUCUUUUUUUUUUCCUGAUUUUGUAUAUUGUAAUAUCCAGCUGGAUUUCCAAUGAAUCAACCUGUAUAAUACCAGUAUUAAUUAUGAAUCAUGCUACAUGAAUGAGUGAAUGAAUGAUUAUCUUCA